CAGCGACAAAGCAGGCGGCGAGGAGAGCAACGGGCGGCACACCCCACCAGCAGAAGCAGCGGCAGUAGCGGGACUAGCCCCACACCAGACUAGCCACCAAGCACAACCGCCCUCUCUCACCCCCUCUCCACCAUGCCCCGCCGCAAACGGCUGCGGCUGGAGAACAUGAGCCCCGAGGAGCGCGAGGCGUACGAGGCCGGCCUGCGGGCAAAGGCGGCGCAGGAGGCCAGGGCCAAGGAGACUGUGUUGCGAAAGGCGCUGGAGGCACGACUGGCGGAGGAGGCCGAGUUUUCGGCAACAAACAAGCUCAAGAUUCAGGCGUCGUGGCGCGAGGUCAUGCGCGAGGCCAAGGUCAAGGAGCUCCGGUCCGAGGUGGCCGUGCUGGCACAGAGCUACGAGCGCGAGGCCGACCGCAAGGACGCGAUCAUCAACAUGCUGAUGGUGGACCUGGACGAGUCCGAGGAGCAGUACCAGACGGCAGUGCGGGCGCAUCUGAGCUCGGUCUCUUCGCUCAUUGGAGUGCACGACGAGCGGCUGGCGCUGCUGGAGCGUGCGUUUGAGGAGGAGCUUGCCCAGCUCCGCGGCGACUUUGACCAGGAGCGGUCCGAGGCGAUCGAGGUGCACAAGGUGGAAGUGCGCGAGCUCAAGGACAUCAUGGCGGCAAUGGAGGAGGAGUUCCGCGAGACGGAGCACUCGAUCACGACGUUCCACCGCAACUACAUGGACGAGCUGAAGCGGAACCACGAUGAGGAGCUGGCGACGAUGUCGUCGCAGCUGCGGACCAACGUGCUUGAGCUGUACUCGGCAUUCCGCCACGCCAUGGACAACUACAACGCACACACCAACGCGCGGCAGAACAAGUUCAAGACGGACAAGAAGCAGGAUAAGAAGAAUGCCGAGCUCAUUGCCAAGAACCACCGGCUCAUCCGGCGGUUGCAGACGCUCAAGGAUCAGAUCAAAGCCAAAAUUGCUACCAACGAGCGUGAGUUUUCGGAGCGCAACAAGGCAUUGCUGGAAGAAAAGAACGCGGUGGCCAAGCACUUUCUCAAGCUCAAGAACCGGAUGAACAAGUUCCGGUCCGACGAGCGGCGGCGGCUGACAGACCUCACCAUCCACUCGGAGGCGUGCAUUAACCGGCUGAAGGAGAAGCUCGAGCUUGCCGAAGCCAUCCUCAACCUUGCCGAGAUCAACCGCAAGCUGGAGACCGAGGAGGAGAAGGUGCUCCCGUUCUACGCGUCGACCCACGACGCUGCCGCCUCCUCUGGCGCGCCCUCCGCCUCGGCCGCUGCGCCGCAGGCCGCGGCCCAGCCGCUGCAUCCCGACGUGGCUCAGCUGAUGAGCUCCAUGCAACUCUCGUCGGCCUCGAUGAAUGACUCGGAGUGGGAGUACCUCGAGAACUUUUACAAGCGCUAUAACAAGGUCCUGCUCGACAAGAUGGCGCUCGCCAACGAAAAGGCCAAGCUCUCCAACGAGAACGCCAACCUCAAGCUCAUCCUGCAAAAGUACCUCGACGGCAUUUCCGUCAACCCAGAGGUUAUCGAGGCCGACAACCCGCUGCUCAUCGUCAACGGCGACGCCAACUUUGACCGCCCGCGGCCCGAGCCCGGCGCCGUCAUUCCGGUUACCGAGCUGCAGACCCUGGUUGUGGCGCAGCGGAUGACGAAUGCGUAGUCUGGCAGGUCCCGACAAGGUGUUCAUUUGGGGAAGAGCUUAACAACCCAAAAGACGCCCAUAAACGCGGCUACCACAAAGAGAA